CGUAUACUAGAUCUUUAACGUGUGAUUGAUCUUUCCUAUUGGUCUUAAUUCAGCAAGCAUUAAUAGGCGAUUAAUAUCGCUACGCAACUUACUCACGAAAGGAUAAAAAAAAACUCAUGAUGAAAACUCGAUGGCAAAAUGGAAGUAAUAAUAAUUCCAAGUCAAAAUCCAACCAUGAAUCGAACGGUUUGACGCCAAUCGAACCGGAUAAAGGUUGCAAAUGUCAUUCUAGUAAUGGCCUGCAUCACUUCAACUGCCUACCAGAUCAUUUGCGUUUUAAUCAGUAUGUUCACACUGGUUAUCGUGUUGACCUAAGUACAUGGGGUUGUCUAAAAAGUCUAUUUUAUUUACACAAUGAAAGCUUCAACGUUUAUUCUCAUGGUCUAGCCAUGAUUGCUUUGAUUAUUCUGAGUCAAUAUGUUUUCGGAAAGACAUCUCAUCUACGAUUCGACCCAAUUCUUUACUCCAUUCACUACAUCACAUCCACCGCCUGCAUGCUAUUCAGUUCCAUAUACCACCUGAUGUUGUGUCACAACAGCGGAAAGCCAGCUUACGAUAGCUUGAUCAAGCUCGAUUAUUUCGGCAUUUGGCUCGUCACUGGCCUGUCUUGUCUGACGUUCCUGAAAGCAACAUUGUUCUGUUUUCCCCAAGUCCAUCUGGCUGUCGUGUCAAUCUAUUUUUUAUUACUCUGCGUCAGUUUUAUUUUUGCAAAGAAAACCACAUCACAGAAAACGAGACUGCAGUCCCUUACUAUCAUGGGUGUUGUGAGGGGAUUGUUCAUAUACACCACAAGAUACAUCAUGUCAAUAUUAGGGUACACUACAGGACCAUUAAAUACUUUUCGGUACAUCAUUGGAGGUGAAAUGAUCGGUGUUCUUGGCGGUAUUAUAAAUGUGUCACGUCUUCCAGAAAGAUGGUUCCAAGGACGAGUUGAUUAUUUUUUCAAUAGCCAUAACAUUAUGCAUAUUGUUGUCUUGUUUGCUCCAGUGAUGUCCCACGCAGGGACAGUCAUGGAUUUCGAGUGGAUGGAACGGGUCGAAUGUCCUACGUAAUAAUCAACCCCAGGUUGCUUCAAGAUGUACCCUGGAAACGGCGUUGAGCAAAUAUUUUGUCGUUGACCACUGGCCAAUGUGGACCUUCAUGGGAAACUGAUCAUUUCUAUCAGUGAUUGUCCCAGAUAUAAAUUAUAUCAGUUUUAAAAUUUGUAAAUAGUACUGGGUAGUCCUAGAUAGGUAUCAGCUAA